AUACUGUUGUUUGGAUUAAUAAAGUUAAGAAAAUUGCAAUGAAUCUUUUUAUAUAUGUGUUGUUUCCGCUCGGUUGACUUAAAUAACUCAUCACCGUAAAAAAAAUAUCAUUAAACUAAAAAGUAUCUGAGUGCAAUCACCAUCAAGUUAAAAAGAAGAUAAAAAUGUUGAAUCAUAAAAUUGAGACAUUUUUGGUUUGGGGUUUAAUCAUUGUAGCUGUUGCAAAAUCGGAAGAAAAAAAUUUUUCAGCAGAAGAUAGGAAGGAUGUAAAAAGAAUUGUGAACGAUUACUUAAACAUUAAAAACGGAGAACAACUUAUGACAGGACGAUUUGGAAAAAGAGUAACCGAUGAAGACAUCGAUAAUGAAAUAGAAAGUGAAUACGAAAACGAAUAUGAAGAUGAACUAGAAAAUCUUGCUAAUGGCAGAGAAGAUGCAGCACAAUGGUUUAAUGGACGAUUUGGACGAGAAAUCGGUGGACGAAUCCUUCCUCGAUUUGCUACAGAGUCUAAUAAGCCGCAUCUCAGAGGAAGAUUCGGUAGAGCUGCAAAAAUGUAAAAAAAAAAAGUUUUUGUUUUUGUUAGAGUAUUUUUUUGAACAUA